AUGACACAACAUGCCAGCGCCAUCGUCGACGAGGCCAGCGCGAAUAACCCAUUGUGUACCAUGUCCACGGCUUUAGCCCCCGCCUCAGCCUCAGCCACAUCCACCACAACAAAUAUGUUUGAUGACGAUUCAUUCGUCAACUACUUCCUGUCAGAGGACCUCGUGAACAAGAUAGAUACCUGCUACGACAUGUCCUUUGAGCCUGGCGAGUCAAUGGUCGUGCCCAACCACCACCACCAACACUCGGCCAUGCAUCACGACAGCUCAGCCAGCAGCUCCAGCUCCUCACCAGAGCACUCCUGCUUCAUAGACAACACCACCAACUACUUUGACCCCUCCCAGACUCACUCCUUCAUGGUCAACACUCAACCAAUGGACGACAUAACUACAUCUUCAGACUGCUCGAUACAGAUUGACGCGCAGCAGUACUGCCUCGGAGAUACAAAGAUAAAGGUGGAGAAUGACAUGGCCAUGUCACCAUUUGCCGAUGUGCCAAGUGGUGCCAGCAGCACGGUAACAUCACCAGAGCAGCCAAUCGAUAUGUCCUCUGCAUCAUCAUCAUCACCAUCAAUCUUGCGCGACUGUGACGUCGACUUUAGCUCCGUGUCCUCUCCCUCGACCGACUUCUCAUCGGACAGUCAACAAUUAAUGACAUACCCAUCGUCGUCUGUUGCCGGCGGCUCUGCCACAUCAGGCUCAACCAAGCAGAAGAAGAGACCAUCAUGGCAACAAGGUCUGCAGAAUCUCGUACAUCCAUUGACAAGAGACGAGUUGCUGAAACUGACGGGCAAGGAGCCAGUCGAGGUCAAUGAGAAUACGGGUGAUGAGCGUACGGUGAAGAAACAGCGUAGACUGGUGAAGAACCGCGAGAGUGCUCAGUUGUCGAGAAUGAGAAAGAAGAUAUACAUUGAGGACCUGGAGAAGAAGAUCAGCGACCUCACCAGCGAGAACACCGACCUGCGCGACGAGGUACUCUACCUGCAGAGUGUGAUGAAGCAGCUGGCCACGUCCAACCCAGACAUCACCAAGCAGUUGCAACAGCACGAGUCGAUGCGUGCCAAGAACGCCAAGGCCGCUGGCGUCUGUCUCCUCAUACUCAUUUUCUCGAUUGGCAUCUUCCUCAACCCACAGCAGCCAUCACAGUCGCAGCCAUCCUUCACCAACUCGUUGGCCACACGCCGAAGCAUCGCCUCGGUUGGCGAGCCAAGCAACAGUGAUCUUCUUUCUCUUGCGCUCGAGGAAGACACUGUUGAGCAAGACAUCAACACCAACGAGGUGUACGUACCAACAUCAGCAGUGGCCGUGGCCAUCCCACCAGCCGCUACACCCACAACAUCAACGUCUUCUACAGCAUCCAAGAAGAGACAGCACGAACCCGAGUCGCCGGGAUUGGUGACGCCUACACAACAAGAGAAGAAGCGCGUUCGAAUCAUCCCAAGCGAGGAAGUCGACACAGUGCCGCCUCGGCUGGUGUCUCGCGAAUCUGACGAUGGGACCAUUCCAGCAACGCCCACCGAGCAACAGCAGCGAUUCGACGAGUUCAACGCAGUGGCUUCGAGCGGCAACCUGCAAGACGGCCCAAUCCACUCGAGCUACAUUGUGUGCAGCGAGCGUCCAAGGAUCAUCUCGAACAAUCUGACGCAGACGGCCGAGUCCAUGUUCAGCUCCAACCCAUCGGCGCCACUCUCCAUCGGUCUAUUGAUACCAAGCGACUCACUGGGCAUCAACCUGACGAGCAGCACCAUGUCCAGUGGACCACAAGAGCGUUCCAUCCUCGAGAUCAGUUGUCAAGUGUCAAACAUCCGCGUUUGGAAUCCAACAUCACUCAACAACAAUGUUGAACCAAGUCUAUUUAUCCAUUCUGGCUCAUCAUAA